CGAUGGCACGUUACUUUGUAAGAUUCCCGGGGAUGGUUGUUAUGCCCCUGGGGACGUGGAGGCCCUGGGGGUACUGGGGCCCGAAAUUCUGUGCGUGCAGGGUAGGUUGUAGUGCGGGCCUCUGCUCUAGGGGCUGGUCGUGUGUUACUUUGGCUCACCUUCCUUGUCUCUGCAUACUCAUCUGCUAGUCGCGCUGCCUCAGUUAAAUUGGCAGGGCGCCGAUCUCUGACCCAGUCCUGUAUAUCUGCAGCCAGAUCUUGAAAGAAGUGUUCCAUCAGGAACAACUGUAAUAUUUCUUCUCCGGUGUUAGCAUUGCACCCUCGCACCCAGUGUGUUGCCACCCGUUGUAUCUUGUUUGCCCAUUCCAUGUGGGAGUCCACUGCCUUCUUUUUGGACUCCCGGAAGCGACGGCGAUAUGCUUCUGGGGUGACCGCAUAUCGGGUGAGUAGUGCAGCUUUCACCCGUUGAUACUGCGUUAUAUCUUCCGUAGUAAGUGCCCGAAAAGCCUCAUUUGCUUUUCCUGAGAGCUUUCCAGCCAGAAUAGUAACCCAUUGGUCUGGUGGUACUUGGUGUAGCGAGCAUUGUCUCUCAAAGUCCGCUAAAUAUCCGUCAAUUUCUUCUUCAUUCUCUACAAACGCUUUAAAUGCAGUGAACGGUAUUUUCCUCCCUGUAGCAGCGGGUGUGGGGGGUAGGAACUGCCUGUGUAAUGGGCUGUCUAGCUCUUACCAGUUCCGCUUCUUGUCCCCUCUUAGUUUGUAUCUCCUCCCUUGUUUCCCGGAGCAGCUGGUUUAUUAGCUCCGUGGAUCUUUCUGGAUACCAAGCUAAUCUCCGCUGUACAAUGGCAGAAAUUUCAUCGUCCUCGCUGACAGGUGCAAGAGGUUCUGUUACCUCCAUGGACCUAUCCAUUUCGUCCAGUUCUAGUAGGUCAGCUAUCAGCUCCCUCCGUGGUCUGUUGCUGGCACUCCUACCACGACUCUCCAAUAAAUCCUUUAAUGUGGGUCUUUUCAGCUUGACGUACUGAGCCUCCAUUCAGCACUUGUUCUCUGGAUAAAAGGACCAUCCCACCGCUGCCACCAAUGUAACGGCUACCCGGGUAGAAGGAGGGUAUCUGCCGUUGGAGACGUCCUUUUUCCCUGUAAGCUGCUGUGGAGAAGUAAGCUGGUAUAAUCCUAUCCACGAUAUCCAGAGUAAAAGUCAGGUUCAGCUGUAACAGGAGCAGAAUAACAUUCCCAAAUAAUCCCCUUCCAAGAACGAGACAAGGCUACGUUUUGAAGGGUCAAGAAGAUCUGAGGACUGGAACACCCAGCCUGCUUUUAUUGGGAUCAGGUACACACAGGAUACUCCCAGGGGGAGGAUAAAAACACCCAAUCAUAUACCUGGUAACACCCCCACGUCUCCUCCCCUCAGAUAACAUAUAACAUAAUUACAAACGUACAACAUUUUACCCCAGUUCUGGAUGUUCCCCAAAAACAGGGGGUACAGCUUUAAAUCCGGGGUCGCUUGAUAGCUCUCAUUCAGGGGACCAACAUGUCCAAAAAUCAGCCCAUUCGGAUGAAUAGUUCGGGAGAUACAGAGUUCCAAAGUUUUGACCAACCGCACAGACCAACUAGCCGAAAAUAGUUCCAUGAGUUUUGGCCUUGCGGUCGGUCUCCGUUCGCCUGGUAAAAAGGUCUGAAAUUCUUGCCAUCCAUUCGAAUCUCGGGGUUCGCCGCAAUCCCCAUAGAUGAUUGAACAUAACUACCGAACGUCCGGUGAUUCGGUAGUUUCCGUGCGAACUUCUGGAAGUAUGGAGGACUCAGCGGUGUUCGCCUGUUUGCGUAUCCGAUUUUAGUUCCACGCGUCGACAGGCAAACACCGCUGUUCGCACGUAAGAUGGCCGCGGCCACGUGUAAAGUCCCGAAAUGGCGGCCACCUAUACUUUACACAGGGAAUUCAUGCGAAUCCAUUCGAAUGGUUGAAAUGCACUAAAUGGGACGAAUUCCUGCUGAUUUUGGUUAGUUCACUGGCCCAGGCAUACAGCAUAGUUCUGUUACAGACUAGAUUUAGCUUGCUACUAUAUCUAGCUAGUUAUUGUCAGGGGCUCUUGAAACAACUUUAUGUGGGAGAUAUGAGAUUACCUUUUUUUCAUUGAUCCUAUUGUGAGAUUCGGUUACCAAUAUACGUUUUUUUUUUGUUUUUGUUAAGUGAUUGUAAAAAGAAAAUAAUUUUGGCAGCAUGUGUUGUUUAGUAAAAAGCAAAAAAAAAAAAGAAAUCAUCUUGACUAGUUGGCACUCACACAAACUUUGUAGUAGAUAGCCUGCUUCAUUCAUCCUAGUGUAACAAUGUUGUUUACUGUUAGUUUAGGAUUGCCCUCUUAGCCACUGACACUUAACACUAAACUGGAAUCACCAAUUUACAGACUAGUUGCUAAUUGUAUCAUUGUUAACUGUUUCUAGAAAGAAUAUCCUUUUUGGAUUGUUCAGUAAAAAAAAAAAAAAAGGUUCCUCUUGCUUGGCUCCUGAUGUUUGUGGUUGACGCAGGUUCACCCUUCUAGUUAUUAAAACAUAGCGCCAAUUUCUAAUCACCAAUUUGUAGUAUUACAGGUGAUUUAUUUUGUUAAAAGUUUGAAGCAAGAGAAACCUUUUAUAUUUGCCUUUUGCAUCCAAGAUCCUUGAAAGAGUUGUGUAUGAGAGAUUGACAGACUUCCUCGAGCCCAACUCUCUGCUAGACCCACUUAAGUCUGGUUUCUGCGCUAAGCACUCUGUGAAAACAGCACUGACCAAAGUAUCCAAUGAUCUACCCAAUGCAAAAUCUCGUGGUCACUACUCUAUCCUAAUUCUCCUUGACCUUUCUGUGGCUUUUGACACUGUUGAUCAUCAACAGCUUCUUCUCAUCCUCUACAAUAUCAGUCUACAAGAUAUUGCUCUCUCCUGGUGCCCUGGGCACCUGUUCUGAAGAAGCAAAUUUUGGAACUAGAAAAAAUACAGAGGAAGGAUACAAAAUUUACAAAAUAAAUAAGGGAAAUGGAAAAUUUAAGUUAUGAGGAUAGGUCAACAAAUUUAAACAUGUUUAGUUUAAAUGGUGCAUAAGAGGAGUGCAUAAGAGGAGUAUAAUAGCAUUACAAAUAUCUUCAACACCAAUAAAUAAAACAUUGUCUAGAAGUCUAUUAAUAAACAGGACUUUGCAGAGGACAUGAGCUUCUCCAUUUAGAGUGGAAGAAAUUAGAUUUACUGUAAGGCAAAGGAGAGUUUUGUUUUUUUCUUACAGUAAAACAAUAAGGGCAUGGAAUUCUCUACCUAAAGAGGUGGUUUUAUCAAAUUCUGUACAGAUGUUUAAACAGCAACUGCAUGAAUUCUUGCAUAAACAUGAUAUUCAGAAACAUAAUGUUUAAGAUUUUGGGCAACAGCUUCUUGAUCCAAGGAGAUAUUUGACUGCCAUUCUGGGGUUAAGAAUGAAUUGUUCCUAGUUUGUUGCAGUUGGAGAGCACUUUAUACUGUUUCUUGCCUUCUUUUGGAUCAACAGCAUAAACAAAUGUGAGAUAGGCUGAGCUUGAUGUAUUUUUCAACCUAUAUAACUAGCAGCCACAUUGUAAAGUAGCUAUUGUAACUAGAGUUGAGCGGACACCUGGAUGUUCGGGUUCGGCCGAACUUUGAAAAAAAAGACCAGGUUCGUGCUCGAACUUGACCCCGAACCCAAUUGAAGUCAAUGGGGACUCGAACUUUUGAGCACAAAAAUGCCUCUUAAAAACUCCUGGAAAGGGCUAGAGGGCUGCAAAAGGAAGUAAAAUGUGGGUAAGAGUAGGACAAGUGCCCUGCAAACAAAUGUGGAUAGGGAAAUCAUUUAAAAUAACAUAAUAAUUAAAAAUACAGCUGAGCCAUAAAAUAGCACUAGAUGGAAUCUUUGAUUUUAGCUUUGAAGAACAUAAAUCAAAAUCUAAAGCAUGGCUGUCAGGAGGAUCAACAAAAUUAUCCAUUUGAGAGAGGGUUGGAGUGCAGGGUAUUCUCUUUCAUUGUUCAAACUGAGCUCAACUCCUGAUGCAUGCACAAGCCUCUGCUAUUGUGUACAUAGUUUAUAUUAAGUGACCCAUAGGUUGAGGAGGCAGUGACCGUGGCGGUGUAGGUGGAAGCCGCGGUGGAGGAGGAGGUAGCCAACCCUGUUUUUUAUAUAUAGAUAUUUAUUUUUUUAAUUGGCGUAGCCCCAAUAUUGGGACAUAUAAAAAAAGAAACAUAUGUGGCCUGCGGUGCAUUUCUUGCAGUCCUGAUGCAUGGAGAAAUGCUCAACUCCUGAUGCAUGGAGAAAAGGCCUUCACAAGCCUCUGCUAUUAUGUACAAAGUUUAUACUAAGUGACCCAUAGGUUGAGGAGGCGGUGACCGUGUAGGUGGAAGCAGCGGUGGAGGAGGAGGAGGUAGCCAACACUGUUUUUAUAUAUAUAAUACACAAGAUCCAGCGCACUCACCUAUCCACUAAACAGCAACUUCAAUGUUGAAAGAUUUUAUUAGUUUUUUUAAAAACACCUAAUCUAGGCAAAAAUAAUGGGGGUUUAGUUACAUUAUAUGAUCAUUCAUUGCAUAAGCCUGCCACAACGUCAAUGUACCCCAUCUUUGGCAGGUCCUACACUAACAGCCUAAUGACUGCUCUUAUGAGAUUAACCACUUACUUGAGGAAAAAAAAUUCCAUCUGGGGUUCUCUGCAGUACAAGGCUAAAUAGGGCCCUGGGAUGAGGCACCUGUGAGCAGGGAGGUGCAACCAAGGGUUGGCUAGACUCCCCAAGUAUAUAUAUAUAUAUAUAUAUAUAUAUAUAUAUAUAUAUAUAAACAAGGGUUGGCUGCACUCACCUGAACAUGCAUAAAUGGGGUGCUGCUGGGGGCCAAAUAACACAAUACACAAGAUCCAGCGCACUCACCUAUCCACUAAACAGCAACUUCAAUGUUGAAAGAUUUUAUUAGUUUUUUUAAAAACACCUAAUCUAGGCAAAAAUAAUGGGGGUUUAGUUACAUUAUAUGAUCAUACAUUGCAUAAGCCUGCCACAACGUCAAUGUACCCCAUCUUUGGCAGGGUACAUUGGGGUACAUUGACGUUGUGGCAGGCUUAUGCAAUGUAUGAUCAUAUAAUGUAACUAAACCCCCAUUAUUUUUGCCUAGAUUUGGUGUUUUUAAAAAAAACUAAUAAAAUCUUUCAACAUUGAAGUUGCUGUUUAGUGGAUAGGUGAGUGCACGGGAUCUUGUGUAUUGUGUUAUUUGGCCCCCAGCAGCACCCCCAUUUAUGCAUGUUCAGGUGAGUGCAGCCAACCCCCCUUGUUUUUAUAUAUAUAUAUAUAUAUAUAUAAUAUAGCAUUGAUACAAUGCAAUGUUUUGUGCCAGAUGUGCCAACAAACUGGCCCUCUAUUCUUAAACUAAGACCAUAUAGUCCAUAAACCACAAAAUAACCUAGCUGUAAAUAUAUAUAUAUAUAUAUAUACAUACAUACAUACACACACACAGAUACACACACACACACACACACACACACACACACACACACAGUCAGGUCCAUAAAUAUUGGGACAUCGACACAAUUCUAAUCUUUUGGCUCUAUACACCACCACAAUGGAUUUGAAAUGAAAUGAACAAGAUGUGCUUUAACUGCACACUUUCAACUUUAAUUUGAGGGUAUUUACAUCCAAAUCAGGUGAACGGUGUAGGAAUUACAACAGUUUGUAUAUGUGCCUCCCACUUUUCAAGGGACCAAAAGUAAUGGGACAAUUGGCUGCUCAGCUGUUCCAUGGCCAGGCAUGUGUUAUUUCCUCACUAUCCCAUUUACAAGGAGCAGAUAAAAGGUCCAGAGUUAAUUUCAAGUGUGCUAUUUGCAUUUGGAAUCUGUUGCUGUCAACUCUCAAUAUGAGAUCCAAAGAGCUGUCGCUAUCAGUGAAGCAAGCCAUCAUUAGGCUGAAAAAACAAAAUAAACCCAUCAGAGAGAUACCAAAAACAUUAGGUGUGGCCAAAUCAACUGUUUGGAACAUCCUUAAAAAGAAAGACUGCACCAGUGAGCUCAGCAACGCCAAAAGACUUGGAAGACCACGGAAAACAACUGUGGUGGAUGACCGAAUAAUUAUUUCCCUGGUGAAGAAAACACCACUUGGCCAGAUCAAGAACACUCUCCAGGAGGUAGGUGUAUGUGUGUCAAAGUCAACAAUCAAGAGAAGACUUCACCAGACUGAAUACAGAGGGUUCACCACAAGAUGUAAACCAUUGGUGAGCCUCAAAAACAGGAAGGCCAGAUUAGAGUUUGCCAAACAUCUAAAAAAGCCUUCACAGUUCUGGAACAACAUCCUAUGGACAGAUGAGACCAAGAUCAACUUGUACCAGAGUGAUCGGAAGAGAAGAGUAUGGAGAAGGAAAGGAACUGCUCAUGGUCCAAACCAUACCACCUCAUCAGUGAAGCGUGGUGGUGGUAGUGUCAUGGCGUGGGCAUGUAUGGCUGCCAAUGGAACUGGUUCUCUUGUAUUUAUUGAUGAUGUGACUGCUGACAAAAGCAGCAGGAGGAAUUCUGAAGUGUUUCGGGCAAUAUUAUCUGCUCAUAUUCAGCCAAAUGCUUCAGAACUCAUUGGACGGCGCUUCACAGUGCAGAUGGACAGUGACCCAAAGCAUUCUGCAAAAGCAACCAAAGAGUUUUUUUAGGGAAAGAAAUGGAAUGUUAUGCAGUGGCCAAGUCAAUCGCCUGACCUGAAUCCGAUUGAGCAUGCAUUUCACUUGAUGAAGACAAAACUGAAGGGAAAAUGCCCCAAAAACAAGCAGGAACUGAAGACUGUUGCAGUAGAGGCCUGGCAGAGCAUCACCAGGGAUGAAACCCAGCGUCUGGUGAUGUCUAUGCGUUCCAGACUUCAGGCUGUAAUUGACUGCAAAGGAUUUGCAACCAUGUAUUAAAAAGUGAAAGUUUGAUUUAUGACUGUUAAUCUGUCCUGUUACUUUUGGUCCCUUAAAAAGUGGGAGGCACAUAUACAAACUGUUGUAAUUCCUACACCGUUCACCUGAUUUGGAUGUAAAUACCCUCAAAUUAAAGCUGAAAGUCUGCAGUUAAAGCACAUCUUGUUUGUUUAAUUUGAAACCCAUUGUGUUGGUGUAUAAAGCCAAAAAGAUUAGAAUUGUGUCGAUGUCCCAAUAUUUGUGGACCUGACUGUGUGUGUGUGUGUAUGUAUGUAUAUAUAUAUAUAUAUGUGUGUGUGUGUGUGUGUAUGUAUAUAUAUAUAUAUAUGUGUGUGUGUGUGUGUGUGUGUAUGUAUAUAUAUAUAUGUGUGUGUGUAUGUAUGUAUGUGUGUGUGUAUAUAUAUAUAUAAAAUUAGUUACAGCUAGGUUAUUUUGUUGUUUAUGGACUAUAAGGUCUUGGUUUAAGAAUAGAGGGCCAGUUUGUUGGCACAUCUGGCACCCAUGAGUUGCACUGAAUUUAGUACAUUUUUUCUGACGUGUGCUGCUUGCAUGCAUUGUGUUCAUCAUUAAUGGUAGUUAUUCUGCCUUGGACCUGCAUUUCAUAUCAAAACGAUCUUAUUGCAGCAAGACUGGUAAUUAUCAAUUUUUAUUUAUUUAUUUAUUCUUCAAUUUGAGGAGUGGGUUCUUGUCAGAAUUAAAGGGCUAAUCCAAGCACCGUGAGCAUGUAAUUUAUUUAACAUGGUCUUGAUGGUCACUUUGAAAUUCUGUACAUACCGAGAUUCACUCCUUUGCUGCUGAAGUUGUAACACUACCAGUGGUGUAAUGUGUCGGAGGUUUCGGGCUGGCUAAAUUGUUUGUCCCUUUACCGGGGAAUUGGGCCAGGGUACUCCUGGCAUAAUGACCACUACACAAUGUGCUGUAGUGGUUAUGAUGCUUGGAGCAAUUCUUUAAAGGGGACCUGUCAUGCCUCAAACAACCUUUAGAUUAAGCAUAUGAUUCUAUCUAUACAAUGUGUGUACAAUUUUUUUCCCCAUCUAUACAAUUUCUAGAAAAAGUAUAGAUGGGGAGAAAAACCUGUUUAAAGGUAGGUUUUUCUCCCAGCUGUUAGUCAAUGCCUCUGCAUGCCAAGUCAUUGACUGACAAGGGAUAGCUGAAAAGACCUCCCAUAGAAGGUCCCCAGUUCACCACCCACCGCAACCAUAGCACAUAUGCUGUGGUUCCUAUGGAAACUCCUUACCUGGCGCUUCUAGCACUUGCUAGUGAUUAUAGGAACAGAGUGACAUGAUGUCACUCCAUUCCGAUGAUGGCAACAAAGCCAGUAUGCCAACGUCACUGAGGAGAUUUGCCCUGCUUGGGAAUGUGUCCCCAAACAUGGCAAAUCAAAGAAGAGACCAGAGGAGCAGAAGUGGGUGUUACAUGAAGAGCUAGAACAGAGGAAAAGUGAGUAAAUCAAUAUAUUUUACAUUAAAUGCAUCUUUGUUGUAUUCAAUGUAUAUGGGAGCGGUUUCAGGUAAUUUACAUUUUUCAUGACAUUUUCACUUUAAGCUCGUAUAUUGUACCGGUCAUUGUUUUUUUUUUAUUUUUUUUUAUUUUUUUAUUAUACAUAAUUUGUGUUUUAUAGUAGGUUGUGCUUUUCCUGUUUAAAGAGAGACAUAAGCUGUGGAAUUAUUGUAAGUUUUCUUGCUAACAUUUCAUUCAUAAACCAUGAUACAGGGUGAAUAAUGGGCCGUUAUUUUAGCUACCUGGAGUGUUUCUUUAAUGUUUUUACCAGAAGUCUCUUUGGAUUUAUUUACAAUUGAAAUUGAACAUAAUGCACCAACGAGGAUUAGUUACUAAUCAUUUUUUCCUGUUCUUUUUUUAAAGAAACUACGUGGAAGUGGCACUGCUGUGGAACCUGGAACUGUUUCGCCAAGUGAUGUGAGUAAAUGGAAAUAGUGUGUAUUAAUACUGUCUCACUGGUACCUAAUCAUUGGCAACACAUGCCAUUAAUUGCUAAUCAGAAUAUCUGCAGUCUUAUGCUUUUGCUCCAUUGAAUUAUUCUUGGUGCUGAAAAUUAUUCUCUGUGCUGAAAAUGAUAAGUGUUUAAGCUUUGGGCUAUGGGUAGAGAUGCAAACUUGCAAACCUACUUGAGUCAUUUGAAUGGUUUGAUUAUGAACAGUAAGUCUGAUUAGUGCCACCCACACUUCUCUCCUGCAUUCAUUUUUUAACACCGCACUGAGAUUCAGCUGUAUCAAACUCAGUGUGUUGCUCUAAUGCUUAGCAAAAGAUUACAGAAGUGAUUGUUGAGGUGGUGGUGGCAAAAAUGAUGUAUUACAAGCAACUGCGAUUUACUUUGAAAUAUAGUGACAGUACUACCAAGGUAACCUCAUAAAAGUUUGUUCUUAAAUUUACUGCUCCCGUUAUUGUUUUUAAAUCUGUGCCUGAAAGAGUCUAUAUAUCAGUGCUUUAAAUAUAGAACACUGAAAACACAGAAAGAUAUGAGCAUCAAUUCCUUCUUCCGUUGAUCAUUUGACAUUUAAUUUGUCUGCAAUGUUUUUUUGUAUAAUGCAUUCUUAUUUAUAUAUACAUACAAAUUGAAUUUACCCAUGCUAAGCAUCUGUGUGGUAGUAGUUUAUUACUCCAAAUCUAUUUUUUUUUCUGCCAGCCAACUCUUGUUUUCUACCUCCUAUAGUGUCAGUCACCCACACUGUUCCUCUCAGUUCGUUUUUUUUUGUCUGUCAUUUCCUCUCUGUUCUGUUUGUCAGCCGCCCUUGCAGUACCACCCACAUAGUUCAUCCAUAACCUCUUGUGUCUUUCUCCAUAUCCCACCUAACUGCUUCUCUCUUUCAUUUACCUCUCAUUUGCAUGUUUUUUUUUUUUUGUCCAUAUGGAAAAUGCGCCUCUUAAUUUAAAUGAUUUGCUUUUGUCCUCAUCAUUGUUUAAUCUAAAGUGGCUCUGUCAGUCUUUAUUUAUUUUUUUAUGUUUCAGCGUGUAUAAAAUCCAUACCCCCGGGCUGCCUCCUUUUCUUUCUUUUUUUAAAAUCAUGCUUAUUUCAAAAAUGUAAGCAUAAGGAAAAAAAGCGAUUAUUUUUCCUUUUUAUAUAACUUCCAGGGUUGAAAAAAAUUGACAAAAGGUGGUGCUUUUGUCGAGCUCCACAGCCUUUGUCAUCUUUGUCAUUGGCUUUCUAGUUCUUUUCUCACCUCCCUCCACUGUCACUUAACUUCCAUCCGAGGUGAGUCAUGAAUCCUCUGUUGACUCUUGUACCAUCUCUAGAGUCAAGAAAUUUCUAAGAUGUCGUAGACCUGCGCUUAAUUUAAUGCGCAUGUCCUAGGGGAGGCAGAAGAUGGGUUUUCCGGUGUCAGCCAUCUUAGAAAUUCUGAGAUGGCAGCAUCAUGAAAAAAGACCCGCCAGGACUGAUAGAACAUUAGAAAAGGUAAAUUACACCGGGCCAAAUUCAGGAUUUUGGUGGUAUGAUAUUGGGCUGUGUAUAGGAUAUACUAGAGUAUGCGUUAAAUAGUUUACCAGUAUGAUAGGUAUGUUCGCCUAUGUUGGUUUUCUGAAUUGAAUAGUAAUGUUAGUGCACAGUUUCGAGCAUCUUUUCAUCUUUACUCCGCUUUGAGGUGUCUCCUCUUCUCCUUUUUUAACUUUAGGAAUUCAGCCCCAGCAUUCUUAAGUUAUUCUCUAAUGAUUGCCGUCAGGUUAUCAACAGGUUUUCAUCUUGGCUUAUUGUAAUCUUAGAUUGCCUUAUUCUAGUUGUUUGAGGUGUUUACUUGCCUAUUAUUUUAGUGUGGGGGCCAUUUAUCUACCUUCAUAAGUGGAAUUCUGACAAAUUUACUACGAUCUACAUCUUUUGCUUGUAUUUACAGAAUGUAUUGGUGAUAUUAGAUGCAUUCAUAUUUGCAUUUUCCCGCCCUGAAAAACGCACUAGAGCUUAUUUUAAGUGAAUGUCUUAUAUUGGGGAAAAACUGUAGCAAGUAUGUGCUAGAAAGCUGGGGGGGAUUCCCCCCAACAUAGACCAGUUCACUAGGUCAUGGAAUCCCACGAAUCUAUGUUUGUGGAAAACUUUGCGAACAUACGGUAGAUUAAUUUACUUGCGAAUGGAAUCUUGCAAAUCUAUGUUUCGGGGAAAAUUCCCAGAUCGUAGAUUAGCGGACUAGCGACUAGGGCUUGUGUUAGGAGCAUCCCCCGAAAAUAAGCCCAUGUCUUCAGGGAAACAGGAUAUGUAUGUGUGUAUGUAUAUGAAUAUAAUAUAAUUUGUCUGUGCUAAAUUUAAUAAUCCUUAUAGAAUAUGUUGAAUUAUGCAUUUUACAUUUUAAAAUCUUAAUUUUCUUCAUGUUGUUUUUGCAUUUUACAUUUCUUUCGUAAUUUUUGUAAAAAUGAUUUCAGUAUUAUUUUAGUGGAUAUCUGUCAUUCAUGAUGAAUUGCCUUGUAUAGAUAGCAGAUCCACAACUGGAACUUUAUUUUAUUUAAGAGCUUUCUGUAAUUCAUUGUUAUCAAUUCUUUCAUACAGCUGUUGUUUUAGAAGGUUAGAAUAAAAAUAUUCCUUCCAUAGCAGGGGGAGAGCUGACCUUGUGUCCUUCCACUAAACGCUUUCCUCUAAUGAUACAUAGUGUGCAUUCAUUUUCUCAAAUGUUAUAGAAAAAAGGAAGCAUCGCAGUUUUGCAUUCUUUUUUUUUGCAAAAGAAUCUUAUUCUCCUGUCCUUGAAAUUAUUUUCUUUUUCUGUAUUUUUUUUUUUCUAGGAUUAUUGUAGCCUAUUUUAAUUGUAGAUAUCUUUAUUGAUUUAAAAUUGCAUGGAAAAGUCCAUUUAUUAGUUAAUUGAAUUGGUUUUCAAUUUUGUGCCCAAGGAUCUCUCUCCCCAAAGCAUUAAUGUGGGCUUGUGAUUAUAUUUACACGAAUUCUUUCUUUUUACUGUAGCUGGUUCUUCGAUCAAUUCAUUUCUGUACUAGGUUCGUACAGUUAAUGUUAUAUAACAUUGAUGUUUAUUUGCUUACAUGAUUAGUACAUCUUUAUGUAACUUGCUUUAGUAUUGUACAGCUUAUUUUCUGACAAUAUACACUAUUGAGACAUACCUCUUAAUUAUUGAAUUCCGGUGUUUCAAUCAGACCCAUUGCAACAGGUGUAUAAAAUCAAGCACCUAGCCAUGCAGUCUGCAUUUACAAACACUUGUGAAGAAGAGCUCCAUGAAUUCAAAUGUGGUACUGUGAUAGGAUGCUACAUUUGCAUUAAGUUGUUUCUUGAAAUUUGAUCCCUGCUAAAUAUUUCACAGUCAACUAUAAGUGAUAUUAUCGGAAAGAGGGCGCAUUUAGGAACAGAAGCAACUCAAUCACAAAGCAGAAUGCCAUGUAAAGUCACGUAGUGGGGUCACAGAGUGCUGAGGCGCAUGGUGCAUAAAAGUCACCAACGCUCUGCUAAUUCCAUAGCUAAAGAGCUCCAAACUUCUGCUGGCAUUACUAACCGCACAAAAACUCCUGCAAGAGAGUCAUGGAAUGGGUUACCAUGGCUGAGCAGCUGCAUGCAAGCCUUACAUCACCAAGUACAAGUCCAAGUGUUUGAAUGAGAGGUGUAAAGCACAACACCACUGGACUAUGGAGCAAUGGAAACGUGUUGUGUGGAGUGACUAAUCGCGAUUUCUUGUUUGACAGUCUGAUGGGUGAGUCUUGGUUUGGCAGAUACCAGGAGAACGUUAAUUGCCUGACUGACAUUAUGCCAAUUGUAAAGUAUGGUGGAAAAGGGAUAAUGGUAUGGGGCUGUUUUUCAGUGUUUAGGCUAGGCCUCUUACUUCCAAUGAAGGGAAAUCUUAAUGCUUCUGCAUAUCAAGACUUUUUGGAUUAUGCUGUGGUUCCAACUUUGUGGGAACAGUUUGGGAAGGUCCUUUUUUAUAUUCCAGCAUGAUUCUGCCCCAGUGCACAGAGCAUGGUCCAUAAAGACCUAGUUGGAUGAGUUUGGUGUGGAAGAACGUGACUGGCCCACACAGAGCAAGGACCUCAACCCAAUGUGCCAAUCAGCAUUACUCAGAGAUGCAUUGAAUCAAUGUAUCUCUGUGGGGAGCAUUCAGUGUCUACAUGCAGACCACUCUGCAGCAAUAACCCAGGGAGCACCUCUAGUUGCAUCUGAGUGACUGGCACUAGAGGUGUUCCUACUCCGUAAUCUGAAAACGCCUGCAGGGGCAGGCUGUAGACACUUAGAACAACUACAUUAACCUGUAGUUGUACUGGUGAUUAUAGUGUCCCUUUAAUGUCUAUGUAUUUAGUAUAUGAUGUCAUAAAUGUCCAUGUUGGUGUAAUGGUCAGGUGCAGUGGCGUACUAAGGGGGGUGUGGGGGGGGCGGUCCGCCCCGGGUGCCACCAGGAUGGGGGGUGCCAUGACCAGCCCCGCCGCCCCCCCCAUGCUGCAACCGCCCGAGCGCUCUGUAGGAAGCCUCGGGCGGCUGCAGCAUUGCUCGGGCGGUGCGUCCAUGAGGGCGGACCGCACCGCCCGGGCGCAGCCUGAGAAAGGGGGCUGACAGGAGGGAAACGCUCAGCGCUCCCUCCUGUCAGCUUCCUUUGCUGUAGCGUGGCCGAGCCCUGCAGCAUUGAUAGUCCGCGGGUACAGGGAGCAGCUGUCUCCUGUACCCGGCCGGACUAACAGGAAGUGCACACCUUGCAGCCCUUACACAUACAAACACAAUUUCACACAAUGCAUUCCUUACACACAUAUCAGGACAUCCCCUACACACUCCACCCCCUGUGAACAAACUCAUUGGUGGAACAUGAAGGUGGACCCUGGGACCUUGAGCUGUGUAAAGGACCCCCAAAAAAUGGAGCUGCUUCCCGUUCUCCCAGAACAUUGAUUUUUGUGACCACGGUUACAAACCGCCUCCAGAGAGCCUGUUCUGCACCAGACCAGUGGAGCCAGACUGCAGCUAGAGCCCAUCAUCAUCCCUCAUCUGGUUGUAAGUAGGCAAUCUAGUAUAUUAUUCGUGGCACUAAGCUCUAAUUUACCUCACAUUAAAGAAACACUAUAGUCCCCAGAACCACUUCAGCUUAAUGUAGUGGUUCUGGGUGUCUAUCCCUGCAGGCCUUUUAAUGUAAACACGGCGGCACUGCAGCACUGGCGUUAGUUAACAUGGCAAAUCAUAUGGGUGGGGCAUUGUGAUGUCACAUGGGGGGGGCGGCAAACUUUACUUUUGCCUAGGGCGGCAAAAAUCCUUGCACCGGCCCUGGCUGGAGGGGGCUGUGUGAGCUGUGGCCGCACAGUGUCCCAUGGUAGUUAGCAAAUGUGUAUGUGUGACUGUCUGCCUGUGACUGUAUGUGACUGUCUGCCUGUAACUGAGUGUGUGACUGUCUGUCUGUAACUGAGUGUGUGACUGUCUGCCUGUAAAUGUGUGUGUGGGGCUGCAGGGAUUUUGUAGAAGGGGGCGGGGGUUUUGUAUUGGGACAGGAGUCUUUAUAAGGGGGGAUAAGCAGGGGAUUUGUGGAAGGGGGUUGCGGGGGUUUUGUAGACGAGGCAGUACAGGAUUUGUAGAAGGGACAGGACAGAGGUUUUGUAGGAGGGGCAGGACAGGACAAGGGUUUUUUUUUUUCUCACACCUACCCGGUGGUACAUAUUGUUUGUGUAUUCCUCAUUCUGGGAUCCUUUAGAGACCUGGGAGUCUGAGGGUUCUGCACAGUAUCUUAGCUGAUCUUAGAACAACUCUUAUAAGUUCUUAGAAGCACUCUUCUGGACAGAGAUCUCAGAUGCUCAAAGCCUGGAGUGCUCCAAUCACAACUGGGACUACUACUGCCUCCACUUUGCAAAUCCUUUCUAGCAUCUCUUUCAGUCAUUUGGUAUUUGUCCACCUUCUCAUGUUUCUUCUUCCUAAUGUUAUUGUCACUUGGUAUUGCCACAUCAACCACCACUGCAGUGUUCCGUUCCUUGACUUCCACCACAAUGUCAGGUUGGUUGGCCCAUAGCAUCUUAACCAUGUCAUUCUAUUCUUUCUACCCUGUGUAGUGUCUGCUGUCUAGACUCACAGGCCCAGCCCAUAUUCUGUAUAGAUGUUUCAAAACAUAAUCCCAGCAAUUUGGUUGUGCCUCUCCGUGUAUGCUGUCCCUGCUAAUAUCUUGCACCUAGCUACUAUGUGCUGGAUUGUCUCAGAGGCCUAUUUGCCCAGUCUGCACCUUGUGCCUUGCCUGCUAUAGUAGACACUUGCUUCUAUUGAGCUGCUGCUAAGUGCCUGUUCCUGUGCUCAUAGGAUUAGUGCCUCAGUGCUGUCUCUCAGUCCUACCUUUUCCAACCACCGGUAGGAUUUUGUAAUGUGAGCCACAUCCACUGUCUGUCAGUAGUACACCCUAUGGAGAAGUUUGUCUUGCCAAGGAAUCUCCUCUAUCUGUUGAUGUCUCAGAGACAUUCCCUUAGCAGUACAUCUCUGGGAUCCAUCUUUGUGAUGUACCUGUGGAUGCUCUGUGUUUCAUCCAGGACUGUGCUCUUUACACUCAUCAGGCCUGACCUCCAUCCUUCCGUCUUCACCAUUCAUAGUGAGUAGUAACAGGUUUUGACAUCCAUGGUGACCAAUUAUGAGUGAUAAUUUAGUCUUGCUGAAUGAGCUGCAAUGAUAAGUUGAACACAGGAACACAUUUCAGUUUGGCAGUGCUAAAAGGCUUAAAAUUUUACUAUAUUCUGAUGAAUCCUCUGUGUGCUUGACUUAAAACCUUCCUCAUAACAAUUAAUAAGCCCUGACUUACUGCAACUUCAAAUUCACAAUAAAAUGCUUUUUACAUUUUUUUUCAUUAUUUAUUUCAAAACAAUAAUUCACAUUUACUAUCUCUUCCUCUCAUUUAUGGUUAAGUCUAUAGGGAUUUGACCUCCUGUCAGUGUUAUGGUUAUGGUUUCAUUUGUCCCUUCUGUUAACUGUGUCCUGCACAUACUGAACUCUCUGCUCUACCGUAAUGUGACCUGUAAAAUGCCAAGUACAUCUGGUAACUCCAUAUAAGGAAAAAUCUAGGUCUUAAAGGAUUCAGAACAGAAAUGCGCACAUAAUAUUGUGACACUUGAGAGGAACGUCUGGGAGAUUGCUGCCAUGGGAUAUAGUUCUACUUUAAUUCUUAUUCCAAUCUUGGGGGGUAAAGAUAAAUUCAUGUUAUAACUUUUUUCUUCUCUCAGCAGUAUGUCUGAGUGGGUAAUUCAAUCACCAAUUUUCUUUCUCUUAAUAGAUAGAGCUUCGAGCCACUUUCUGUAGUGCUUUACACUUUCCCUUGAGUUUUAGAAUCCAGAUUAAACUUUUUCUUUUUUUAAUGUAAUUUUUUUUUUUUUUUUAAAUCAAACUCCCUAAAUAUUAGCAAUAUAUUUUUAUUUAUUUCACACACUGUUUAAUGCUUACUUUUUCAGAGUUCCCAGUAUGUGCAGUGUGUUGCUGGAUGCCUACAGCUGAUGCUCCGCGUUAAUGAAUAUCGCUUUGCGUGGGUGGAAGCAGAUGGUGUCAACUG